AUGCGCAGUAGAAGGAUGUCUGGGAGUGUCUGAGCGGCUCGUUGGACGGGAAUCCAACCCGCAGUCGCUGAAACCAGGAGCAUCUGCAUGAACAAUGAACCGGCUGACUCGAGGAAGGAAAUGAUUAGAAACGGAGAUGAACGGGAUCUCUGAGGAGUGUCGAGGCGAUGGGAUUGUACAGCAGCAGUGAUUUGCGUGGAUAAGUGCGGUGUGAAUGACCUCUAACGGUAACAGGGUAUUAGUAAUUUCUAAGACUUUAUUGUCUGCAGACUGAGACUGAUAGCGUUACAUUGUGUUUGCUUGUUGAUGAACUUUCACAGUAUUGUCAUUAAAAUAGGCGACACAUCUAAACCUUAGUGUCUUAGCUUUUUUAUUUCUAUGAAUGUAUGAUUUUUUUUUUAAAUAUUCUAGGCUCUACUACCAAAGUACUGAACACUUACAGCAAAAUCUUUAUUCCAAAAAGAGGAUUUUUUCUCCUGCAUAUCACUUGUGUUCUGCAGCUGAGCUUUAUUCAAUCACAGCAGAUCACCUUUAGAUUUAAGCCAGCACGCCACUGACUUUUUGUUUUAAGACACUGGUUGGUGGUGGCACAAGCUGCUGGGUGUCAUGAGUUGGCCAUCUGUUGUGGAAACCUACUUUAAACCUGCAAGCAGAUUAACCAGCGUUUAAAAAAGGUCCAAGACAUCAGUCAGGACGUUUUGUGUGUGUGUGCCUGGAUUACUGUUGGAGGAGGGAUGCUGAGGGCCACCGUGGGCUCUGUGAGUCAGGAGAGAGACGAGGAGCAGGAGGAUGAAGGCGAAGAAGAGCUGAGGGAUGGAGGGGUGCCUUUCUAUGUGAACAGAGGAGGCCUGCCGGUGGAUGAGGAGACUUGGGAGAGGAUGUGGCGCCAUGUGGCUCGAAUACACCCCAAUGGUGAAGGUUUGGGGAAGGAGAUCCGGGCUGCCACCGACCUACCCAAGAUUCCAAUACCGAGUGUGCCUACAUACCAACCUACCACCACGAUCCCACAGCGACUGGAAGCCAUACAGAAAUACAUCAGGGAAUUGCAGUACAAUCACACGGGAACACAGUUUUUUGAAAUUAAGAAGAGCCGGCCUCUUACUGCGUUGAUGGACAUUGCUAAAGAGAUGACACGGGAAGCUCUGCCAAUCAAAUGCCUGGAGGCGGUGAUCCUGGGGAUUUACCUCACCAACAACAUGCCAGGUGUGGAGCGCUUCCCCCUCAGCUUUCAGUCUCAGUUCUCAGGGAACCACUUCCACCACAUUGUGCUGGGAGUCCACAGCGGGGGGCGUUUUGGCGCGUUGGGCAUCAGCCGGAGGGAGGACCUCAUGUUUAAGCCCCUGGAGCUUCGGACACUGAUGGACUUGGUGCAAGAAUUUGAAGGAGCCUACAGGGGCUACUGGCACACCCUGCGCAAAGUCAGGAUUGGCCAGUACGUGUCACACGACCCCCACAGCGUGGAGCAGAUAGAAUGGAAACAUUCGAUACUAGAUGUGGACAAGCUGACCAAGGAGGAGCUACGGAAGGAGCUGGAGAGGCACACUCGAGACAUGAGGCUGAAGAUAGGAAAGCCGGCACCGCCUUCCCCCACCAAAGACAGGAGGAACAGCAUGGGCUCACCCCACAGAGUACCAAACAGCCCCGUACGCAGGAUCAGCCGCGUGGAGAGACGUCCCUCCGGAGAGAAGAAAGUUUUGGAACAAAAACCGUCCGCAGACAUGAAUGGAUACCAGAUCCGAGUCUGAAGAAGAAAUCUUAGCUUGCUUGUAAACUUACAAGAUACAAACACACUCGUCUCAUGGAUUCAUUGAUUUCCCCUCAAUUCUUUGUACACACAUUGGCUUAUUCACAGGAUGCAAUGUUGAAUAGGUCACCAGCAACUUUUUUUCUCAAAACAAAUGCCUCAUUCAGCUUCCCUAUGUCUGUGUCAGAGGCGUUUCCUGGAGCUGUACUGCAGAUAGUAAUUGGUGCUGGCAUACGUUCUGAAAUGAUAAAAAAUGUGCAGUACUUUGUAAAGGUUUUUAAAAAACUGCUAACUCAACACAACGACAACUCUUCCCUGAUGUUGGGCAAGACUACCACUCAGUGUAAAUGUGCUACUGGACAUAUCAUAAGUUUCUGUGGUUUUAUUACAUUCAACUAAAGCUCUUAAGGCUCGUCUGCAAUCUGUAUCGUCGUACUGUAAGUGUGCAAAUACAUGUAAUGUGAUUUUAAAUCCACUUAGGCUCUGCUGGGCAGCAACUGCUUGUGUAGUGACUAGUUUGCAAACCACUACCCUCGUGCCUUGUAUGAAAAUUCAAAGAGAAGAAAAAAGACUUUUUUGUAUCCAGCCCAUUAUUCUCAUUGCGUAAAGUAAACAGAAGGCAGUGUAAUCCCUGCUCUUCCAAAAGACUAAAAAUAAAUGAAAUAAAUUGCGAGAGACAGUUCUCUGACAUCUAAUAUCCAGAUGCUAGUAUGUUUGGCAUGCUAUUUACCUUACUGAGAUGUUGACUGAAUAUGAGAUUGAAUACACAAUAUAGAGAAGUGUAUUUAAGAGUAUAAAGGCAUCUGUUGAGUGAUGAACAUGAACUAUCAAGGUGGCAACGCAGGUGACUGACCUCAUCUGCAUUUAAUGUAGACCUAAAGUCAGUUUAUAUGUACUGUAUGACUGCUUUAUUGUUUCUAUCUUUAAUUUGUAGCAACUUUAUCCAAUAUUCCACUUGCCUUAAGUGGUAUCCAAGCAACUGACUUCCAUUUAAGAUGUAAAGAAGUUUGUUUACAGCACUUUUAUCUGCAUUUUGUAUUUUUUUUAAUCUGUCAUUUUAUACUUCCUUCAGUGUUGGUUAUCACCAGUGGACCACUUAAUAUUUACCACACACUGUUUUCAAUAUGUUGCCACAGCCAACAUUUUUAUGUGUACAGGACUGUAGGUGUUUGUCCAUUUUCAUUUCAGUGCUCUGUAACACAGUUGUUUUGUACCAAAAGACUUGAUUUACAGGAUCACAAUAAAAGCUCUCUUGG